CCGGACCUGAUCUCCCGGUCCCACCCUCCCUGCGCUCAGCCUGACCCACCGACACCCACAGCCGGGGCACCCGGGGGCAAAUCCACAGGAGACUCCGGGCAAACCCCACGGACAGGGAGAGGGUCCCGCACUGAGAGUUGGGAGCGGCCGGGGGGCUCCCGGGGGAAUGCGCGGCCGGAGGAGACACGGACACUUCGCCUGUCCCGUACCGAGAGCCCGUCCUGCCCGGUCCCGGCCCAUCGCCCCCUACUGGUUGGGUAUAAGCAGUUCUACUGCCCCAUAAAUCUGAUAUCGUGAUGCCACCCUGGCGAGUGGCGCAGUAUUUACCCCCCUGCCUGCGAUGACCCCCAGCAAACUACGAGGCCGACCCUUCUACUGUAGGGAAUGGGCGUUACAGAGACUGCAGCACUGCCUGGAAGGGCUCGGGGGGACCAGGACCCCCGGCAUUCUCAUCACCGGGGCCCCCGGGGCAGGAAAGACAGCGCUGUGUGCAGAGAUCUUAUGGCCCAGCUCAGAGGCCGGAUGUUGCUCCCGGCUCAGUUCCAGGGUCCUGGCAUAUCACUUCUGCCAAGCUCACACCCACGCCAGCCUGUGCCCUCACCAAUUCAUCCAGAGCCUGGCACAGCAACUGCGAGAGAGCCCCCUCAUCAGCGGGUACAAUGCAGAUACAGAGGCCUGUCAGGGGGAUCUCGACGAGGCCUUCAAACGGUUGUUGCUCCUCCCCCUGCUGGCACUGCCCGCCCCCACACAAAACCUUUUCCUCCUUGUGGACUCUCUGGACGAGACCUGCAGUUGCUGCCAAUCCGAGGGGUUCCCGUCAGAGACCAAUUGCAGCAUCGCUGAGCUGCUGGCCAAUCACCAUGAGCUCCUGCCCCCCUGGUUGCUGUUGGUUUGCUCCGCUCGGAGGCAGAAUAAAGCUGUGAGCCGGAUGUUUACAGGAUUCCGCCGGCUGUGCCUGGACGACCUGCGUAAGGCUCACAUUGUGCGGGACGUUCAGCAGUACAUCCUGUGCCGAUUGGACCGCGAGGAGGCUCUGCGCCAACACCUGACCCUGGACACGGCCGAGAUGCUCAACCAGCUGCACAUCAAGAGCAACGGCUGCUUCCUGUACCUGGAGAGGGUGUUGGACGGCGUGGCCGAGGGCUCCAUUCUGCUCCGAGAGAUCCGCCAUAUUCCCGGCACCCUGAACGGCCUCUACCUGUGGCUCUGCCAGCGGCUCUUCUCCGGCAAGCAGUUCUACCAGGCCCAGGCGCUCCUCAACGUCCUCCUGGCAUCUCCUCGGCCCCUUUCCGCGUCCGAACUGCGCGGCGCCGCUUGGACCAAGCAGAUGCAGAACUGGAGCGAAAGAGACUUCGAGAAGAGCUUGGAGUCCAUCUCUGGGCUGCUGAGAUCGGUGGACGAGCCGCAAGGUUCCCAGGUUCUGUUCCACCACAGCUUCUCCGAGUGGCUCCUGGAUGUGAAGUACUGUACCCAGAAGUACCUGUGCAACGUGUCCGAGGGCCACAGCAUGUUGGCCAUGACCCUUUCUACCCGGGCCCAAUACCUGCAGCCCAACGAGGUUCACCAACUGGCCAGACAUCUUCUCCUGUGUGAUCUACGAGGGCUGGAACCCUCACACCUGGCACUGUGGCUCCUAUGGACCGGGGUCCCCGUCUCAGACUGUUUGGUCUCCGACAUCCCGUUGGAGCUUGAUGUCCUGCAGCUGCUACUAUUGGCCGGGGCCCAUCUGGAUGGCUCUUGCGACCUGCUGGACUCUGAUGUUCUAAGGAAGACUCUGGAAAAGGGGGCGUCAGUGGAACUGUUGUUGGAGAAUGGGGCCGGGCUGCACCAGCGAGACAGGAACGGGCGCACUCUCCUGGCAGCGGCUGCCCAUGCCGGGAACCUGGAGGCGGUAAAGCUGAUGCUCUCCAUGGGGGCAGACCUGGAGACCACUGAUGAAGACGGGCAGACGCCCUUAGGUCUGGCUGCUCACCAAGGCCAUCUCGCUAUAGUCCAACUGCUCCUCAGUCAUGGCGCCCAACCUGACCAUCCAGACAACCGAGGAUGGACCCCUUUGCGGUCGGCUGCAUGGGGGGGCCACACAGAAAUAGUGGAAGCACUUCUGUCCGCUGGAGCCCAACCCGAUGUGUGUGGGUCGGACGGACGAACGGCUCUCAGAGCAGCUGCUUGGGGGGGACAUGAAGGGGCAGUUAAAGCCCUAUUAAAGGCUGGGGCCCAAGCAGAUCAUGCAGAUCCCGAGGGCCGAACGCCUCUCAUGGCCGCCUCCUACAUGGGCCAUAGACCCGUGGCCAAGUUGUUCCUGGACGCUGGGGUUGAUGUCAAUAGAUCCGACUCCGAAGGCCGCACCGCAUUGGCCGUCGCCUGCCUGUGUAUUCCCGCUGGGCGGGGCUACCCCGAGUUGAUCUCCCUCUUGCUGGAGCACAGAGCUGACACGGAGCUGCCGGACGGGGACGGGAUGACCCCUUUACUGGUCGCUGCCUACGAGGGGCAGGCUGAGGUGGCAGAGCUGUUACUGGAGGCCGGAGCCGACCCCGACAGAGCGGGCAGAGGAAGGAUGACACCACUGCUUGCCGCUGCCCUGGGGGGCCACGCCGAAACGGUGAGAGUCCUGCUGCUGUGGGGGGCAGCAACCGAUGCCACGGACACAGAGGGCAGGUCUGCCCUGGGCAUGGCGGCUUCCGCAGCCAGAGGGGAGGAGGCAGUGCGGGUUCUGUUGGAGAGGGGCCUAGACGAGAACCACCGUGACCAACUGGGCUGGGCACCCCUUCACUGGGCCGCUUGUGAGGGCAGGAGAAACUCGUGCCGGGCUUUGGUGGAUGGAGGAGCCAAAGUGUCAGCGAGAGACAGAGAGGGGUGCACCCCGCUACACCUGGCGGCUCAGGAGGGUCACACCAGCUCCGCUGAACUUCUCAUAAACCGGGGGGCCCCCAUAGAUCAGCGGGACGCGGAUGGGAGGACUGCUUUGUGCCUGGCAGCUCUUGGGGAUCACCGGGGGCCGGUGGAACUGCUGCUGAGGAAAGGGGCAGACCCCAAUGUAAAGGACAGUAAGGGGGUACCCCUCCUGCAGCUGCUGGUGUUACAGGGGCAGAUGGCGAUGGUAGAAUUGCUAGUGGAACAGGGGGCAGAUAUUGAAGGGCAGGACCCCGAGCAACGCACAGCUUUACAUGCUGCCUGCUGGCAGGGCAACUGGGAAAUGGCUCAGCUGCUUCUAGUGAAGGGCAAAGCCCAGCCUAAUGCCCCUGACAAGGACAGGAGGACCCCUCUACACUGUGCCACCUGGCGAGGGCACCCCAGCAUCGCCCGCCUCCUUCUGCAGCACAAGGCCUUCCCCGAUGCACAGUGCUCUCAGGGCGCCACUCCCCUAUGCAUCGCUGCCCAAGAAGGCCAUGAGGAUUUGGCCAGGGUUCUCCUAGAGGAGGGUAAGGCCUAUGCGCAACAUGCCGAUAACUACGGGCGUACUCCUGUAAGGGUGGCAGCUAAAGGCGGGCAUCUAGCCAUAGUCCAUCUGUUGGUGAGCCAUGGGGCACCGCCAUAUCAGGGUCCAAUGGGGCAAGCUCCGGAGAAGAGAACCCCAGAGAAGAAGCCAAUGUGCCGACAGGAGGACAGUUGGUCUACAUUAUCCCCAGUGUCCACAGGCAGCUGCUCCAUGGAAAACUCCCUGAAAAGUUCCCAAGGGUCCAUCCUGACCUCUUCCACUUACCACUCUCAGGCCACUGUCCCAAUGGACAGCUUGACCUUUACUCAGCAGGUUCAGCAACACUCCUUACCUCGCAGCCGCUCCCGGCAAGCCAUUGCCCUCACCGGCAUGAUUAAUUACCCAGUUCCUCAGGGUGCCUCAGGGUCUCACCUGGCGAGGCCGUCGGCCAUGUUGCACCAAACCUCCAGCUCCUUUCAGGACUUGGGGGCGUGGGAAGGUGUCGGGGGCCACAAUCAGUUCUCCUGCCCUUCUGAGUAUGAGCUCAAGCGGAACUGCAUCCUCACCAACCCAAAGUACGGAAGCCCCAAGUACCCCCACGCUAAGACCGGGGACAGCGGCUUUAGCCUAGAAAGGAAUGGUCACAAUGUGUCCUCUCCUGGUGGGACAAGGGUCCAUAUGUUCAGCCAACACCAAACGGGCAGCUCAGGAUAUUCCUCCCGAGGUACUGUGAGCCCGGGGGAGGUCAGGGAGGCUGGGGACCCCCUGCGCUCAGCACUGAAAUGUGGGGUCCCUGUGUAUCCCCCGAGGGAUGAGGUCUCUCUGUACCCGACCAAGAAAGCCGCCAACCCUGUGUCCUCUCCCAAGAAAAUGGGGAACCCAAGGAAAGGUGGGGAAGCUGUACUUUCUCACAAAAUAAUUCCAGAACCCACACACUCUCCUAGGAAAGUCACGGAACCCACACACUCUCCUAGGAAAGUCACGGAACCCACACACUCUCCUAGGAAAGUCACGGAACCCACACACUCUCCUAGGAAAGUCACGGAACCCACACACUCUCCUAGGAAAGUCACAGAACCCACACACUCUCCUUGGAAGGUUACAGAACCCUCACACUCUCCUAGGAAAGUCACGGAACCCACACACUCUCCUUGGAAGGUCACAGAACCCCCACAUUCUCCUAGGAAAGUCACAGAACCCACACACUCUCCUUGGAAGGUCACAGAACCCCCACAUUCUCCUUGGAAGGUCACAGAACCCCCACAUUCUCCUAGGAAAGUCACAGAACCCUCACAUUCUCCUAGGAAAGUCACAGAACCCUCACAUUCUCCUUGGAAGGUUACAGAACCCCCUUACUCUCCUUGGAAGGUUACAGAACCCCCUUACUCUCCUUGGAAGGUUACAGAACCCCCUUACUCUCCUUGGAAGGUUACAGAACCCAAGCACUCUACCCCCAAUGUUCCACAGCCCAAGAGAAUGUUGGAACCUGAUCAUUAUUCCAAGAAAAUUCCAGAAUCCAUUAACUCUUUCCAAACAGUGGGUGAACCUAUGGAUUCCCCUAGGAAAUCUGGGGAACCCCAUUACUCUCCCAGGAAGAUGACUGAGCCCAUACAUUCCCCAAGGAGAACUGGGCACGUUGUAUAUUCACCAAGAGACCCCUCCUGCUCUCCUACAAAAACCACUGAUACCAGGAUGUCCCCACUCAGCCCCCCCACUGAUACCCCGGGGUCGCCUGUUAUAUCCAUCACCACUAUGGACCCUCAGCUCCACCUGAAACAAGCAAUUAAACUGCAGUUUGAGGGGCGCACCUGCGGGUUCAACUACAGGAAGGAAACUCCCCUCUGAGACGCGGGUGCUACUAAGUGGGACCCAGAUGGUGGCUGUGGGAGAGGCCCCUACACGGUGCAAACGUGGCCAGAGGAACCGUAUGAGGAGCCACAAUCGGGGGGGCGGGGGGGGUAUCUCCGUCAGUUGGAUUCAUCUCCUGCCCCCACUCACACUCAGGGGGAAGAUGCCUCAUCCCACCAACUGGACACUAAAGUUUCCUUCUCCACCAGAGGAGGCGCCAGAUCUCUGCUUCAGAGUUGGGACCAUCGCAAGGGACCUGCUCACUGGGUACCGGGUGGCACAUCUGUUGGUCCCAGUAAAGCUCCUACUGAUACUGACGUGUGGGAAGGUGUUUACUCCUCUAUCGCUUGUGCCUCUAUUGUGUCUGUACUGUCAUUUGUAAAUAAAUAGGAACAACUGUGUCCUGA